AUGUCAGAGAACAGGACGUUGACCAACCAAAAGGCUGCACGAGCGGAACAGAGAGAACCACGACGGAAAGCUUUUCCCAAAGCACCACAAUGGCGCCAGAGUCAUCUAAUGGCGAAAACGAAGCGCAAGCUCGUUUGA